AGGGAAUGGGUGAGGACUUGGCGAGAGGAUUUGUAGAUGAUAUGGAUGCUAAGGAAGGCAUUUCGUUCAUUGCUCGCGUGUCGUGAGAUGAUGUAAUGAUCUGGGGAAAUUGUGUGCGGGAUUUGCGUGUUUUCCAGAAGAAAAGCGUCGCGUGCUGCAUCGGCUCAGAUUUGCUGGUGUUGAGUUGGCAUUUUGGGUGAAAAUCUGAGUAGGACCCCAAACACAGAGCAGAAGUACAGCUGUAGAUGUAAUGCAGUGACCUGCUUAAUCUACAGGGUAAAAAUAAAGCAACAUGACGCUCAGGAGAGUGAACGUGGUGAUCCUCGUCCUGCUCUCGAUCGCCUUUUUAAUCAUUGUGCAUCGAAAUCUGCUGAAUCUCAGUGACUUCCUAAAGCAAGAUGGUUCAGACACAUCCCCGGGUGCGAUCCUGCCCUUUGAAAAUGGAUUCUUUGCGGAGCGUAAAGUCAGCACCAGGGAGGAGAUCCCGGUGAUGAUCACAGCGUCUGAGGAGAGACUGGGCGCCGCUGUGGCUGCUAUGAACAGCAUCAACCGAAAUAGCAAAGCCAACGUGGUUUUCAGCGUCGUGACGCUCAACGAGUCUGUAGAACAUCUCCGGACUUGGUUGAGCGAAACGGACAUCAAGCACCAAAUCAUCACGUUUGACCCGAAAAUCCUGGAGGGAAAGAUUUCCUCCAAUCCUCAGCAGUCGGAUUUGGAAAAACCGCUCAAUUUUGCCAGGUUCUACAUGCCGAACUUCUUACCUGACAUGGAGAAAGCAAUUUACCUGGAUGAUGAUGUUAUUGUGCAAGGAGACAUCCAGGAACUUUUUGACACGAUUCUGAAGCCUGGCCAUGCUGCUGCUUUUGCAGAAGACUGCGACUCUGCGUCUUCUAAAGGCAUCAUUAGAGGAGCAGGAAACCAGAAGAGUUAUAUUGGCUUUCUGGACUUCAAAAAGGAAGCCGUCAGGAAAUUGGGAAUGCGAGCAAACACAUGUUCUUUCAAUCCUGGAGUCAUUGUGGCGAACUUGACCGAAUGGAAACACCAAAACAUCACCCAGCAGCUGGAAAUGUGGAUGGAGCGCAAUGCCAAGGAAGGUCUUUACAGCAACAUGCUGGCAGACAGCUUCACUACACCACCGCUACUUCUAGUGUUCUACAAGCGUCACUCCAGCAUUGAGCCCAUGUGGCAUGUCAGACAUCUCGGAGCCUCGGGAGCUGCAAAUCGUUACUCAUCGCAGUUCAUCAGUGCAGCUAAACUCCUCCACUGGAACGGACAUUAUAAGCCGUGGGGCAGAUCCUCAUCGUACGUCGAUGUUUGGGACAAGUGGUACAUUCCAGAUCCCACCGGUAAAUUCCAUCCAAUCAGAAGACACUCGGGGGACAAGUAAAGACUUGAAGUUAAAUUAUCCUAACACUUUGCACAAAUUCUAUAUCUGGUGGUUUUAAAGCUCAAAAGGGUGUAUGAACUAUGCCGUUUCUUUCAAUUGGCAGCAUGCACAAUAUAGUUGAAGCGAUUUCAUUGGCAAUUCGGCUUGAAAACUAGUUCACACUAAGAAUUAGGAAUUAAAGUGGCGUUCGGGGUGAUGUAUAGAUAGAAGUUCAAAAUAGCUCAGUGUGUCUUUCAAAUAUAUUAUUUCAUUUUUCCCGCUUCCUCUUUGGCUUCGGGGCGCAGUUAUAGUGACGUAACAAUUCAUCUGGGCUAACCAACUAUUUAAAGAGCCCUCGAGAUAGCAAUAUCAACGACAGCAUCUCAAAUCAGUAUUAAAGGCUUAUGUUUAAUGUUUAACAUUUCAUUCCACCAAGACCAGCUCAAAGCUAGUCAAAACUAACUUCAUACACAAGAUCAUACAUACGCCAAAAACACUAAAAACGCUACCUCAAUCCUUAUUGCUUACAUUCAAAAACUCCAGCAUUUUUCAGAUUUUUUUUUUCUUUAAUGCAUUUUAAGUAUGCAGUUGUAUUGAUUUCCACAUGUAUUAUUUUAAAGCAUGUUUUUGUCUUUUUUUUUUUUGUCUCACAAGUUCAUCGAGCACAUUUCAUUUCUUGACCAAGAGUCAUUUCCAUUUCAGCUUCAAUGUUACUUGUUUGGAAGCGUGUGCCAACAAAUUUGUACAUACGAAAGCAAAUAAUUCUAUAUUUACUUAUUAAAUAACAUUAAGUAACA